AUGUUAAAUGUUAAUAUUGAUUUCUAUUAUUGUGAUCCUCAACCAGAAGACGUGGACAUAAAUAAGGUAGACUUUCCAUUAGUGGAAUCAAUAAUGAUAGAUCCAGAAUUUGAAACAGUAAAUAUUUUAUUAACACAGAGUCCAUGUGGAAAACUUCACGCUGACAGAAUAACAGACGUUGAAGCACUCACCGGCUAUAAAGUUUGUCCAUAUUGUAAAGAAGAAGUUUAUUCUAUCCGUGAUGAUCCAGAAAGGAAAAACCAAAGAAGAUUUUUAAAGCAUUGUGAGGAAUGUAAAGAAAAUAAUGGAAGAUUAAUUCAAGACGUUCAAUUGCAAAAGACACAGCAACCAUAUGCACCACAUAUUACGAAACAGAAGAUAUAUCAGUGGUUAUUAGCUCAUAAUUUGCAGGAAUAUUAUCAACCGACAAGAUAUUAUAUUACUUUUGACUUCGAAACAUUAGAGACUAAAGAAGAAUUACAACUUUCUGAGUGUGCAACUUUGAACGCUUACUUAAAACCAUUCAUGGUAUCAUCAAUGGUUAAAUUAAAUGAUAAAACAUAUACGAGGAAUUUUUGCUUAACUUCGAGUGAUUCUUUUAUUUCUGAUUGGAUUGAGUUUUUAUUUUCAACCUGUUCAUUAGUUGUUGAAUCAAAUAUGAGUCAAUACAAUGAAUUAUUGAAAUCGCAAACGGCGGGGACUUUGUCCCAUACAUUAAAUGAAAAACAGAAGGAAGCAUUUAAAGAACUUCUAGAUGAGGAAUUCAAUAAAGCGAAUAUCAUAGGUUUUAAUUCGGGAAAGUUUGAUUUAAAUUUAAUUCUUCGUGAUUUAAACACUGCAAAAUGGAAAAUAAAAUCAAUGCUGGGUUCAUCUUCACAAUUUAAGCAAAUCAUUGUAAAGAAAACAAACGUUCCAUAUGAAUUGAGAUUUAUUGACAUCAGAAAUUAUAUAGCGGGUGGGACAUUAGACCAAUUCACUCAAGAUUUCGGAAACAAUAAAUCACGUGUUAAAUCCUUUUUCCCUUAUCAAUUCAUCACAUGGGAAAAUUACGAAGAAGAAUUAUAUAAAGAGGAACCAUUCACGAAAGAUUCAUUUUAUUCAGCAUUAACUCAAGAAACUAUAUCAGAUAGUGAUUAUCAAAUAUAUCUCAAUGAUGCUAAAAACUUUAAGAAUAGAUUAGAAUAUUUUAUUCAUUAUUGCAAUAAAGAU